CUCUCUCUCUCUCUCUCUCUCUCUCUCUCUCUCCCUUUCUCCUCCUCUCUCCUCUCUCUCCUCUCUCACCUCUCUCUCCUCUCCUCCCUUUCUCCGCCCCCUUCCCCAGCCUCUCUCUCCUGGCACGCGCGUUUUCCCGGACCCCGCGCAAGCGCGUGCCUCAGCCCUAUUGCGAAAGGGCGGGGUAGACAACCUGCCACCGGGAAAUACCCCCAAGUAACCCAAGGCUGACAAGGACUGGGGCUGCAGACUAGCAAAAAGAGAAGUGUGUGUGUGUGUUGGGGGGGGGGGACCAGAUGGAGUCUAACAUUUUCAAGGGGAGGGAAGAGCUUCGAAAAAGGACGCCUAGAGAUGGAAAGAAGGGCAAAUAGAAAGAGGUUUUCUGAAGGUAGAUAACGUCCCCGGCUCAGUGCUGGACACCUUCAUAGCUGUGAAUUCGGCAUCUUCAUCCCACUCCACUUUGCACAUGGAAAGCCCAAGGCUCAGAGAGGAAAACAAAUCUCAUUCAAGAUGGUAUAACCAUUCUUGUUCCCACUGGCAGGGGUGAGAUAGAAAGCAGGCAAGGUGGAAUGGAAAAGUUAACCCGCAGACCCUAAUCUCCACCCUCCUUCUUGGCCUUUCUCCCCACCCCUUCCUUCCUGCCCGACUAGUUAUUUAACUUUGCCCCCUGUGGCUGUACCUGAAACACCCUUGUAGCCAGAGAUGGGGACCGAGCCCACAGAGCAGGUGGGAGUUGGGGCAGGGACGGGGAGAGGGUUGCAGAGAGGGUGGGGAAGCGGGGAGGGAUGGGUUUCCCCACCUAACACCAGGCCCCUGUCAUCCUAUGGCUUAUGCAGGAGCCUAUAAAACUUCCUUAAGACCCUCUGGGUAUGCGUGUCUCCAGUGUCCCCGCCAUGGACCUGGCGGUAGGGUGGGAAGGACAGAAGAGAAAGGAGACAGCCAGCCUUCAGCCUAAGCUCGAAGUGUGGAGUCCAAGGCUGAAGCAAAGCCUGCACCUGACCUUCCUUCCAGAAGAGGGCACUGCAAAGGGAACAGAAGCAGCCAAGAUUUAUUAAUAAUACAAAUGCUUGGUCUAAGGCGAGCUAGAUGUUUCCACUGUCUAUUAUCGUCCAUCUUUUCUACAGUCCUCCCUGCAGGCCUUGCCAGGUGGCCUCGGUAGGAUUCUAGAAUGAAUGGGCAUAUAACACAUUAAGUAACUGAGGUCCAGAAAGAGCAAGUGGCGGCUCAAGGUCACCCAGGAAUCUGGAAGCAGAACCUGUGCAAGGGAAGCAACUGCCUGCUCAGGGUACCCUAGGAAGAAUUUUUUUUUGGGGGGUGUCUAUCUCCUGGUGUUCGGGCUUCGAGUGAGGAACUCCUGCCUGAACGGGAGUGGUGUAGGAAUGUCUUCCAUGGUCCCUCCUCUCGUUUUGAUGUCACAGGUCUCCUGGGAACCCUACUCCGGGUACGAUGAAGAGGCUUACUCGGCUGGGCCGUUGCCGGAACUCUGUUACAAGGCGGAUGUCCAGGCUUUUAGUCGGGCCUUCCAACCCAGUGUCUCCCUGAUGGUGGCUGUGCUGGGUCUGGCGGGCAAUGGCCUAGUCUUGGCCACCCAUCUGGCAGCCCGACGAACUACCCGAUCUCCCACCUCCAUCCACCUGCUCCAGUUGGCUCUGGCUGACCUCCUAUUGGCCCUGACCUUGCCCUUUGCAGCAGCAGGGGCUCUUCAGGGCUGGAAUCUAGGAGGUGCCACCUGCCGAGCCAUCUCAGGUCUCUACUCGGCUUCCUUCCACGCAGGCUUCCUCUUCCUAGCCUGUAUCAGCGCCGACCGCUAUGUGGCCAUCGCUCGAGCUCUCCCAGCCGGGCAGCGACCCUCCGCACCUGGCCGUGCGCACUUGGUCUCUGUCUUCGUGUGGCUGUUGUCGCUGCUCCUGGCCCUACCUGCGCUCCUUUUCAGCCGGGACGGGCCGCGGGAAGGCCAACGGCGCUGUCGCCUCAUCUUCCCCGAAGGCCUCACGCAGACUGUGAAGGGGGCAAGUGCUGUGGCGCAGGUGGUCCUGGGCUUCGCGCUGCCUCUGGGCGUCAUGGCAGCCUGUUAUGCGCUCCUGGGCCGCACGCUUCUGGCCGCCAGGGGGCCAGAGCGGCGGCGCGCACUGCGCGUUGUGGUGGCCUUGGUGGCCGCCUUUGUGGUGUUGCAACUGCCCUACAGCCUCGCCCUGCUGCUGGAUACAGCCGAUCUACUGGCAGCCCGCGAGCGGAGCUGCACCUCCAGCAAGCGCAAGGAUCUAGCUCUGCUGGUCACCGGCGGCUUGGCGCUGGUCCGCUGCAGCCUCAAUCCGGUGCUUUACGCUUUUUUGGGCCUGCGCUUCCGCCAGGACCUGCGGAGGCUGCUACAGGGUGGGGGAUGCAGCCCAAAGCCCAACCCUCGAGGCCGCUGCCCCCGCCGACUCCGCCUUUCUUCCUGCUCCGCUCCCACUGAGACCCACAGUCUCUCUUGGGACAACUAGGGCUGCGAUUCCAAAGUAGGGGGAGGGCGAAGGAAACGAUCCCAGGGAGGGUAGUGAGAAAGGGGAGUAAGUUGGGGGGGGGGGACGUUGAGAAAGACUUCAGGACCUAAAGAGAUUGCCUCUGAGCUUAAUUAAAUUGAUACAAUGCAAAUGAACUGCAA